ACUAAUUUAAUUUCUGUAUCGAAAAUCACUCGCAACGAUCGAGAGAUUUUAUUUAGAAAGGAUGACGCACUCAUCAGGGAUCUGAAUGGAGACGUCAAGAUGGUCGCAGAUCGAAUAGGAGACCUGUAUUACCUACGGGAACAGGAAGAACAAGUAAAAUCAGCAACGAUUGAGAAGGUACGCACGUCUGAAACAGAUUUAUGGCAUGCAAGAUUGGGCCACUUGCACAUGGACGCCGAUGACGCACUCAUCAGGGAUCUGAAUGGAGACGUCAAGAUGGUCGCAGAUCGAAUAGGAGACCUGUAUUACCUACGGGAACAGGAAGAACAAGUAAAAUCAGCAACGAUUGAGAAGGUACGCACGUCUGAAACAGAUUUAUGGCAUGCAAGAUUGGGCCACUUGCACAUGGACGCCGAGACUCCAGAGCCAGGGAGAGUCACAAAAACUCGAAGGUCAUGCGAAGAGCAUGAUAGAGAAAUUUCACCAGUACGAGCUCGAGGAAGACCCAGAAAACAAAAAUCUGGUAAGCCAGGACGACCACGAAAAUUAUACAGAUACGUGAGUGCGUCAAGUAUUGCGUCAAGUCGCGAAAACCUGUCAGAAGACGAGGAAGUACCACCAGGACAAGACGACGAAGAAAUUCCAGAGGAUGUAUUCAUCCAAAACAACGAACAAGAGGUUCCAAGAACGAAAAGACCGCUGGAAACGUCGUUAUUUCAGGAAGAUAAACGUCCUCGAAAUGACAGAAGUUCAAGUGAUUCAGAGAAGUCACCUAAAAAGGAUGGAGAUAAUACCGACGAGGGAGAGGAGUUCAUGGACGCAAAAUUUAUCGAAGAACUAGCUAAAGAAGCUCUGCAAAAGUUAUCUUGGUGUAUUUACUAUUUGGAUAAUUAUCUUGGGCUACCCAUA